AUGCAAUGUCAGCUCUCGCCGAGCGGCGAGGAACAGUUCUUCUGUCCCUCUCCGGACACUGGCGGCGAAUGGAGCUGCGUCGGCAUGUCCAGCAUCUGCGACGGCGCCUACGACUGCCCCGGCCGCGAGGACGAGCUGCCCGUCGGCUGCUUCUUCUACAAGGUGCUCUCCCGGAACAUGGAGAUGAUGGCACAGAGCCUGCUCAGCCUGGGACUACGACGCCAUGGUGAAGCUGGGGAUGACCUGAUGACGCUGCCCAACCACAAGAAGUACACCUCGCCCGUGGCCAUUCAGCACCUGUUCGCCUUCGCCCUCACCAGGUGGGACGGAAGCUGGGAGAACGACCGCGACCGGGCGCUGAAAGUCAUCCGCGAGGCGCUGGAGCGCACCGAGAACCACGUGCCCGACAUGCUCUGCCUGUGCGGCCGCAUCUAUAAGGAUAUCUUCGUGGAGUCGGGCCACUCGGACGCCGAAAGCCUGGAUAACGCCAUCCACUGGUACCGCAAGGGCUUCGAGGUGCAGCCCAACGAGUACGCCGGCGUCAAUCUGCCCACCCUGCUGGUGGUGGCCGGCAACGAAUUCUCCAAAAGCGAGCUGCAGCAGAUCGGUAUGACACUGAACAACCUGAUCGGGAAGAAGGGAAGUCUCUCCUCCCUGCAGGACUACUGGGACAUCGCCACGUUCUUCGAGAUCAGUGUGCUGGCCGAGAACUACUCCAAGGCCAUACAGGCAGCCGAGAGCAUGUUCAAACUCAUCCCUAAUUGGUAUUUGAAAUCAACGAUCGGGAAUAUUACUCUUAUUCAGAAGUUUCGGAAGCAUUCCGAAGACAACGAGAAGGUGCCUGAGAUGCAGAUCUUUGACUUUUGGAUGGACUAUUUCUCGGAGGGCAUUGUCGACGAGGCCUCCGUGAACACCAUUCGGUUUCCGGUGCUGGUGCUGGAGCCGACCAAGGAGUACAUGCCCAGCUACGUGGUGGUCAACCUGGACGCGGAGACGUCGGCCAUGCAUAUUUCCAACCUCUGCUUGGAUAGCCUCAAGGACAGGUGCCGUCGCGUGCACGAGUUCGUGCUGGAGGCGACCCAUAUCAAAAGCAUCAGCCAGUACAAGCGGGACGAUCGGUGCGUGUUCCUGUACGUGCACCAGAACUCGGACGACUUCCAGAUGUUCUUCCCGUCGGCGGCGCUGCGGCAGCGCUUCUACAACCUGGUGCUGCAGAUGACGGCCGACAUGGAGGGCAUGGUGACCGACCUCGGCAACGACGUGACGCUGGGCACGGCGCCGCAGUACGAGUACGAGGCGGACGAGCAGGACCGGCGCAUCGUGCUGGGCAAGGGCACCUACGGCGUGGUGUACGCGGCGCGCGACCUCACCACCCAGGUCCGCAUCGCCGUCAAGGAGAUCCCCGAGAAGAACAUCGGUGACGUGCAGCCGCUGCACGAGGAAAUCAACCUGCACAAGCAGCUGCGCCACAGGAACAUCGUGCAGUACCUGGGAUCAGUGUCUGAAGACGGCUUCUUCAAAAUAUUCAUGGAAGAGGUGCCCGGCGGCAGCCUGUCGGCCCUGCUGAAGCUCAAGUGGGGCCCGCUGAAGAACGAGGCCACCAUCGCCUACUACACCAAGCAGAUCCUGGAGGGCGUCAAGUAUUUACACGACCAAAAGAUCGUCCACCGCGACAUCAAAGGCGACAACGUGCUGGUGAACACGUACAGCGGCAUGGUGAAGAUCUCCGACUUCGGUACCAGCAAGCGGCUGGCUGGCCUGUGCCCCACGGCUGAGACGUUCACCGGCACGCUGCAGUACAUGGCGCCGGAGGUCAUCGACAAGGGGCAGCGCGGAUACGGCGCGCCGGCGGACAUCUGGUCGGUGGGCUGCACGGUGGUGGAGAUGGCCACCGGGAAGCCGCCCUUCAUCGAGCUCGGCUCGCCGGAGGCGGCCAUGUUCAAGGUGGGCUUCUACAAGAUGCACCCGCAGCUGCCCGAGUCGCUCUCCGAGAAGGCCAAGAAGUUCCUGCUGAGCUGUUUCGAGGCCAACCCGGACAAGCGGGCCACAGCCUGCGUGCUGCUGGACGACCCGUUCAUCAACGAGCACGGCCGCAAGAAGACGCUGCGCCUCUCCAUGACGGCGGCGGCCAACAUGGGCGAGCUGAACCGCAGCGUCUCGGUGCCGGCCGACCGCGUCAACAAGCAGGAGCGCUCGCUGCUGCCGCGGCUGGGCUCGUCGCCCGACGACAGGUCAGCCGACGCGCCCGACGGCCCUGCGGCGGGGCUGGGAGCGGCAGGGGUCGGCCUCCACUGGGAGCCAGCGCCGGCCGCCGGCCCCCGUGAAAGCCCGCCGCGCGAGACAGCCACGUACGGUCACGUGCGACCCCAGAGCGCGACGAUGCGGUCGUCGGCGGACGUGCCUUUGCUGUUGGUGAACGACGCGGAGGACAUGGUGAACGUGUACUUCCGCUGGCCGUUGCCGGGCCGGCACUCGCCUGUGCCGCUGCGGCAAGAGACGGCCGGCCCCAGCAGCGCCGAGUUCGACGACACGGUGAUGAUGCGGCGCAACUCGUCGAUCGGCUUCAUGAGCCCGGACGUCGACUCGCCGCGCGAGCUGGAGGACGGCUUCUACCUGCUGAAGAAGGACUCGCACCGGCGCAUGACGCUGCACAAGGUGCUGUCCCAGGACCAGCAGAAGAUCCUGGACGUCUGGCUGCCGGCGCUCCGUAACGAGCCGGGCAUAGGACCCAUCCUGCUGAACAUGGAACAGCUGACCCUGCUGCUGCAGGGACUGCGCGACUUUAUCCCCGAACAGAACCGCGCUGCCCUGGAGGCGGCCAUCAAUACGCUGCGCGAGGAGCUGGAGUUCGACGGCCGCGCCAUGGACCAGAUCCACCGCGCGCUCUACCUCUUCCAGGAGGCGGUGAACACGGCCCUCCGGUCGCACAACAUCAAGCCCCAUUGGAUGUUCGCGCUGGACAGUCUGGUGCGCAGCGCCAUCCAGAUGGCCAUCCUGAUCCUGUCGCCAGAGCUGGGCGCCAACCUGCUGGCGGACGCGGCGGCGGCCGCCGCCGGCCCCGGUGGUCUGGCCGCGCCGGACGCGGCCGGCUCGCCGGCAGAGGGCGCGGCCGCCGCGGCCGCCGGCGGCGCCGGCGCGGUCGAGGAAGGCAGCACUAGCGGUGUGUCGACCAUCAACUCGGUCCGCCACGACGAGUACACGCCGCAGACGCUGGCCGACCUGCACCGGCUGCGCAGCGAGAACAAACGCCUGCUGAGCGAGCUGCUGGAGUCGCAGCGCGAGUACAGAGAGCUGCUGCGCUGGACGCUGUCGGAGAGGUCGCUCCAGAUCCAGGUGCUCAGCAGCCUGUCGGCUAGCCAGCCGGCCGCCCGUCAGCGCCAGGACACCGAUACAGGUCGCAGGUGUCUGUACUUCUAUGCACGGCGCCGACCACUCACCGUCUCGCGGUUCGUGAACGAGGGCUUCCGCCUGGAGGAUGUACUGGCCAUGAUGACGCGAGAAGACCUUCGCGGUCUUCACCUGAGGUGA